AUGCCAAGCUUUACUAUGGAAGAUGUGGCUCGCCAUAAGAGCAGAAGUGACUUGUGGGUUGUCAUCCAUGGCAAAGUAUAUGAUGUUACCAAAUAUGUACAAGAUCAUCCUGGAGGCCCAGACCUCUUGGUUGACGUUGCAGGCCAGGAUGGGACAGCUGCUUAUGAAGAUGUCGGACACUCAGAAGAUGCAGGCGAGAUUUUGGGGACGUAUCUGAUUGGCGAUCUCGAGGGUGCCAUCGAAUAUAAGCGUCUCAACAAAGUCCGUGUUGUUAAGCAGAGUACAGUAGCAACCCCGGCCACGAAAGGCAAGAAAACCGGUGUUGGCAAAAUCCUUGUCGCUACUAGUGCUCUGGCCGGAUUGUUGUCAUUAUGCUACUCAAUAAGGAUUCCUACCAACCUGAGCAUUCCUACCAACUUGCGCAUACCAAACAAAUUUCUUGAGCUCAGUUUGCCUCAUGGCGGGUUCGUCAAUGGAUUCGCCGCUGCAACGCUGAUUUCUGUUGUAGCUGGCAGUCUGGUGGCAUCUCGUCUCUCCAAGCUCACCCAACUCGAGUCCGGUUUCACGAAAUAUCCUCCUCGCAUUAAGAGCACGCCAAUCGCGAAGCCAAACCCACACCUCGCUGCAGGAUUUCUCCAGGCCAAGGAAUACAAGCUUCUCCCCUUGAUCAAAAAGGACCUCCUAGCUCCCAACGUCUAUCGUUUUGUGUUCCAACUUCCUCGUGGCAACGACGUGAUUGGCCUCCCAAUCGGCCAGCACGUUGCCAUCAAAGCUACGAUCAAUGGGCAACUCGUUUCACGAUCAUACACGCCUACGUCAAACAACCUCGAUUUAGGCGUACUGGAGCUGGUGAUCAAAUGCUAUCCCGAUGGGCUGCUCACUGGCCAGUACUUGGCCAACCUCAAGAUCGGCGACAAGGUUCCAUUUCGAGGUCCCAAAGGUGCCAUGCGUUACAAGAAGGGCUUAUGCAAGAAGAUCGGAAUGAUUGCAGGUGGCACAGGCAUCACCCCUAUGUACCAGUUGAUUCGAGCGAUUUGUGAGAACGAUACCGACACUACCGAGAUCAGUCUAAUAUAUGCCAAUCGUUCCGAAGAGGACAUACUCCUUAGGCAAGAACUCGAGCGCUUUGCGGCUGAAUACCCUAAGAAUUUGAAAAUUUGGUACAUGUUAGACAAUCCUCCCCCGAAAUGGGCCUAUGGAAAAGGCUACGUGACAGCCGCGCUUAUGAAGGAAUGGUUGCCCGGGCCCUCUGAUGAUGCGAAAAUUAUGCUCUGUGGUCCUCCAGGAAUGGUUAACGCGUCGAAAAAGGCUUUGGUGUCUUUGGGCUUUCAGGCCCCCGGUGCCAUAUCUAGAAUGACGGAUCAGAUUUUCAGCUUUUAG